UUUCCGGGAGCGGAAAAAGACGAGGCCGUGGUACAGAGCGAGAUGGAAGGGGCGCUGGAGCAUCAUUUAGAAGACACAAUGAAGAAUCCUUCCAUUGCGGGAGUUCUGUGUACCGAUUCUCAGGGACUAAACCUGGGCUGUCGUGGCACCCUUUCAGAUGAACAUGCAGGUGUGAUAUCUGUUCUAGCCCAGCAGGCAGCCAAACUAACAUCUGAUCCAACAGAUAUUCCUGUUGUUUGUCUAGAAUCAGAUACUGGCAAUAUCAUGAUCCAGAAACAUGAUGGCAUCACAGUGGCAGUGCACAAAAUGGCAUCUUGAUUUCACCUGCAGCAUGUCUCCUUGCCUUUCAACAGCUUGAGUUGUAUAACAUUCUUCUCCUGGAACAGAUUGUAUCCCAUGUCACUAGAAGAACCCAGUUGAUUCUGACUGUAAAUACUUUUCUGGUCUUCACAGUUGACCCAGGAAUCUGGUUGACCUUACCAGCUGAUGCUUCAUACUACCAAGCCUGGAAAGCUUUUCUGCUGUGUGGCUGCACCUUGGCAGCUGGCCCCCAUCCUUGACUAGAAGCUAUUAAAUAAAAGGAAAAUGAACUACC